AUGGAAGAAUGCAAGAGUGUGAGUACUCCGAUAAAUCAAAAAGAAAAGCUGAAAAAGGAUGAUGGAGCUGAGCUAGUUGAUGAAGGAGCAUAUCGAAGCUUAAUUGGAUGCUUGAUGUAUAUUACGUCAAUAAGGCCUGACAUUUUGUUUUCUGUGAGUGUUUUAUCCAGAUUUUUAAAUUGUGCAAGUGAGUUGCACAUGAUAGCUGCCAAAAGAGUGGUUAGGUAUCUUAAAGGAACUCUAGCCUAUGGUAUCAAAUUUGGCAAAAGUCAGCACUUUAAACUCUAUGGAUAUUAUGAUAGUGAUUGGGGUGGCUCAAUUUGUGAUAUGAAAAGUACUUCCGAUUAUUGCUUCACUUUUGGAUCAGGGUGUUUCUCAUGGUGCUCAAAGAAACAGGAAACAGUAGCACAGUCAACAGCUGAAGCAGAAUUCAUAGCAGCAGCAGCUACUGUUAAUCAAGCAAUAUGGCUCAGGAAAAUUUUGAUUGAUUUGUAG